GCUCCGCUGGCGGGUGACUGGGUGCAGGAUGGCUUCGGACUCGGGAGACCGCGGGACGCUCUGCACGCUGGAGUUCGCCGUGCAGAUGACUUGUCAGAGCUGCGUGGACGCGGUACGCAAGUCCCUGCAAGGAGUAGUAGGUGUCCAGGGUGUGGAGGUGCAGUUGGAGAACCAGAUGGUCUUGGUGCAGACUACUCUGCCCAGCCAGGAGGUACAGGCCCUCCUGGAAGGCACGGGACGGCAGGCAGUACUCAAAGGCAUGGGCAGCAGCCAAUUGCAGAAUCUGGGGGCAGCAGUGGCCAUUCUGGGGGGCCCUGGCACUGUGCAGGGGGUAGUGCGCUUCCUACAGCUGACCCCUGAGCGCUGCCUUAUUGAGGGAACCAUUGACGGUCUGGAGCCUGGACUGCACGGAUUCCAUGUCCAUCAGUAUGGAGAUCUCACAAACAACUGCAGCAGCUGUGGGGACCACUUUAACCCUGAUGGAACAUCUCAUGGGGGCCCCCAGGACUCUGACCGGCACCGCGGGGACCUAGGCAACGUCCAUGCUGAUGCUGAAGGCCGUGCCGUCUUCAGGAUAGAGGAUGAGCAGCUGAAGGUAUGGGAUGUGAUUGGCCGCAGCCUGGUUAUAGAUGAGGGAGAGGACGACCUGGGCCGGGGUGGCCAUCCCUUAUCCAAGAUCACAGGGAACUCCGGGAACAGGUUGGCCUGUGGUAUCAUCGCACGUUCCGCUGGCCUUUUCCAGAACCCCAAGCAGAUCUGCUCCUGUGAUGGCCUCACCAUCUGGGAGGAACGAGGUCGGCCUAUCGCAGGUGAGGGCCGAAAGGAGUCGGCCCAGCCCCCUGCCCACCUCUGAGCAUGGCCUCAGCUUGGGUCUGUUGCCGUCUUCCCAGCUGAGCACCUUCCAAUUCCAGAGGGAGCAGAGGGUCCUCGUUGCCCAGUCCUAGGAGAACUAGGUACAGGGUAUGUAGGGGUUGCUGUGAUG